UGCGGCACAUGUGAAAUUCACUUUUUGGCUCGGCGUCUUCGUUUCUUUUUCUUUGUUUUAAAUUGCCUGCGGCUUAAAGACUCUCUGAUUUGAACUAACUUUUGUGUGCUGAAAACAACAGAGCCGAGCCAAAUGGAGGAUAAUACGGAGAACGACGAUGGAAAGCGCGUGACGCGGGCUCGCACACGCCGCUUGUCCGUUUUGGAUACGGACAGCCGUCCCAGUACUCCCCAGUUGGAUACGGCCGCAGAGCGCGGUACCGCCUCGCCACGUGCCACACGCCGCACUCGCUUGAACUCGUCCACCUUGGAUGUGCGCACUCCGACGAGGACCCGACGCGCCUCCUUGGCCCGCGGCGAGACUCCCGAGCCCAUUACGCCCUCCUCCGUGAAGCGGACGGCUCGCACGCCGGCCAAGAACACCAGAUCGGUGCGCCAACAGCUCACGCUCACCGAGGAGCCGGAGGAGGUGGAGGUCAAGCCCAGUCCCAGUGCCAGUCCCGUGCCAAAAGGUGCCAAACUGGAGCGGAAGCCAAGUGCCAGCCCAAGUCCCGUGGCCAGACGCCCGGCCACGCCCACACAGAACAGCGAUGAGAAGCGCGUGACUCGCUCCAUGUCCCAAACACCGCCAAUGGUCACUCGCUCCUCCAGCAACACGCCACAAGAAGUGGAGCCUGCCAAGUCGAAGAUCCUCACCAGAAACACGCCCAAGGUGGCAGUCAGGGUGGAGAAACUGCCCAUGGAUAAGGCUUCGGCGAAGAAGGCGGAGGUGGCCAAGCAAUUGAUUCUGCCGGAGAAGGUAAAGGAAAAGGAAUCCGCUGAGGAGUCGAAAAAAUCUGAGGUUCCCGAGAAAACAGACGUUAGUCCUGCCAAGGAUAAACAAUCCUUCUUGAAGACAUUUAAUACGCUUGCCCAAAUCGAGGCUUCAAGCAAAGCUUUUAGCGCAGAUUCUUCGGAAACCGAAAAUUCCAAGAAGGUUGAAGAGGAAAAAGUCGGAACUCCGCAGAAAGUUCUGCCUGUUGAGUUUCCUAAAGAUGUCAAGAAAAUCGAAACUCCACAAAAGGUUGAGCCUAUUGAGUCUCAUGAAGUAGUAGAGUCUAAAAAUGUAGAGAUAGAAAUUCCGCAAAAGAUAACAUCUGUGGAUUCUCCUGCUAGGAUUGCAAAGAAAAUCGAAACUCCUCAAAAGGUUGAACCUGUUGAGUCUCCUACAGUAGUAGAUGAACCCAAGUCUAUCGAUGCAGCCCCCAAAAAUGUAAAAAUAGAAACUCCGCAAAAGAUAACUUCUGUAGAGGCAAAGAAAAUCGACACUCCUCAAAAGGUUGAACCCAUUGAGGUACCCAAAACUGAGAAGGAAGCUGAAACUACAAUGGAAAAGAAACCCGAAACUCUGCAGAAGGUUGCGUCUAUUGACUUGAUAGACACAAGCUCCGAAAAAGACGAGUCCAUGGAGGAUCAAGAGUUUUUGGACGCAGAAGAAUCGCACAUUGAGACUGAACCAAUGAUGGAAAAAGAGGAACGGGAGAUAAUCAAUCUAGACAACGAUGAGCUCGAAGUUUCACUGGAGACUCCCAAGGCGGAUGAAAAAGCCAGCGACGAAGUAGAAGCCAUGGAAGUAGAUGAGCCAGACAGAGUAGAUAUAACAGAGGUCAUUCGUCUACCGAACCUAACUCCCGGCAUCAGAUCUCGUUUUGUGGGCUCCCCUGCGGGCGAGCAAAAGAAAUCGGUGGGCUUCAACAACGACACCGAUGAUUUGGAGGUCGAAAAGACACGCUUUCCAAAGACUCCCGGACGUGAGAAGGUGCCAGUUUACCGCACAUUAACUCCCAAGCCGGAGACUCCCUUAAAACCAGCCCUUCAAAAGGGUCGAAAUAGUUCCACGCCCAUAUUGAAGGACAGCAAGGCGGAAAUGCAGCCAGCUCCGCCCCAAAUUGAUGCCAUUAAGUCAUUCGAUGAGCUGGAAUCAAAGAAUGCCAAGGAUGAGGCGGUGCAGGCGGCCAAAAAGUCUGACAACAAAAUCCUGGCUCGCCUAGAAAGCUCCGACGAAGUGGAGGAUAAAGAAGACGAGGAGGAGAACGAGGAAGAGGAACCACAUCCCGAAUUUGUGAACCUGGAAGCCGAAGAUGCUGGGGAGGAUUACGAGUCUGGGGACUCGUUGGACAGUUCGAUGCGCCGCGAGAUGGAGGAGAAUGAAAUUCCACAUGACGGGGAGUCGGUUGGAAGUAAGGACACUGAGGAGUCGACCCCAGAAGAAUCUGAGGGCGACGACUCGUUUAUUGUCUCGGACAACGAUGUCGAUGAGGAGGAGGAGGUGGGCCAACUUUGCUACUUUUCCGACGAGGACGAAAUCGAAGAGGUUUCUACUGAAAAACCCGAGAAGUCCAGCAGCAAGCGUCGUCGCAUUAUGGUCCCAAGUUCCAGUGAUAGUGAGCAUCUUGAAGAAACACACGAGGAGGGGUCAAACAAGAGCAAAUCGGAGAAGCCAAAGAACCAGAGCAACUGCUCCUCCGAUGCCAGCAAACUGAGCGAGGCGGCCCAACUGAUGAAUGCCAGCGAGGAGAAGUCCUUGGUCUCGGAAACCGAGCUCGAGAGAUCCCGCCAAGUGGCGCUCAACGAACUGAACAAGUCGGAGAGAUUCAACAAGACAGAGACGCGCCUGGACGUCACCGUCAUGGAGGUGGACUCCUCGGAUCACGACGACGACGUCGUGGAGGAGUCGCAGAAGCCCAGGGCCAGAAGCGUGUACGAGGUCGAGGAUUCCGAUGAAGUGGAGGAGCUCUUGGAUUCCGAUGGCGACUCUGCUAUUCCAAAACCAACCUCAUUCCAGGCCCAAAAAUCCCUCAAAUCGGCCGACGAAGAGGCACUUCUCGCCGAAUUGGCCUCUAGUGAUCUGCGCCACCUGUCCACCAUGUUCAAUCCGCUCCAGAAGUCCCGUCGCCAGUCCUUGUACGUGGCCAGUGCCGAGCUGCCGGCGAAGGAACCAAAGCUGCGACGCCGCAGUGAUCGUGCCAACCUGGCCAGCGACUUCUGCCCCUCGCAAUCCUUUGUGGAGAUGGUGGCCGAAAAGAAGAGACAGAAGAACAAGCGCAAACGGCUGUCGAAGAGCUUGUCGGGCGCUCCCGAGGAUCUGGAGGAAAUGGAGAUCCGACACGAGCGCAAGCGCCUAAAGAGUUCGCAUGGUGACUCCACGGAGUCAUUGGAGGAGCAGGACCACGAGUCGGCCGCUGUUGUCGAGGAACUUGCAAGCGAGGUGGAAAAUUCGGAGGGAGAAGUUCCAGAUCAAAUCAUUGCCAAUUCCUCUUCUCCAAAAACUCGUGUGGAGGAAUCUCCCGAAAAGGCAGAAGGCCUUAAAGAAAAGUCCUCGGAGCAGCCCUCAACUUCCCACGACCCGCCUCCAGCCGAAGAGGUGACAAAAGCGCUUGAAAUUACUAAGGCGGCUGAGAAAUUGCCGGUCAAGAAGGAAAAAAAUGCUGAAUUUUACCUAGCCUACUGUCAGGACCUCCUGGAGGCAGCCAACCAGGCCAAGUUGAAGGAGAAGAAGGAGCAACUGGCCACGGGAGCCAAGCAGAAGAAGCCAAAGCGACUGGCUGCUCAAGCGGCUCCCAAACCCUUGGUCACCACUAGCUCCAAACCGGAAGCAGCGAAGGCGAAGCCAUCUGAGCAGCCACCGCCGCUCAAGAAGGAUAUCAAGCGCCUGCAGGCAGCACGCCAGGCUGUGAACCAUGCCAUGAACUUCCUCGCUCCAACAAAAGCCACAGAUGGAGAGCCCCGCACACUCUCACGCAAGCUGUCGCCACAGCCGCCAGUGGCGGAAAAAAAGGCGGCCAAGCAGACGAAGAAGCAGGCGAAGAAACAAAAGACGCCGGAGAUAUCGCCGGUAAAGAGUUCCGAUGAGGAGAACCACGGCCAUGGGGUCAAUCGCAUCCGCACAAAUGCCGGCUACGUGACGGUGGUCAAUGAGCGCGUCCAGAAGAUCCCCAAGAUCGAGCUGAUCAAGACCAGUUCGGGUCUGGUGCGCGUGGAGCCCUGCACGCCCAAGCAGAAGUACUUCCGCGAGCUGCCGCCCACACCGAAGCUGCACGGUUUCCGCGAGGAGCCAGGACCCUCGGGGAUGUCCAGGAAGCGAUCCAAGCAAGAACACAAUCCCGCCAAGCAGUCGGCGCUGCGCUUCAAGGAGCAAAUCUUUGCUCGCAAGUCUUAGGAUAUUACAGGAUAAUAGAGGUCGAAUCUAGUAUUAGCGGUUGGAAAUGUCAAGUGUACCCGAUGCAUACUUCAGUUUUUUGUUUAUUUUCUUUACUUUUUUCCCCCAAAUUGAAUUUGAUGUACCUAUUAUUUGUUCUUUUAAAUAUUUGUUAUGAAUUCAUUUUCAUCUUGCCACUUAUUACACUUUUAGCUCCAGUGCACAUCACAAUUAUCACAUGCAUACCUCUGAAAUAAAUUUUUGUUUGUUGAAUAUUAAACUAUUUGUUGUCGGAAACAUUAAAGAAAUACGCAGCAUUUGCUCGCACAGUGGUUGAUCCAAUCAAUUUCAUAAAGCGCUGAAAAGUUUUUUUUUAAAUAAUAAUUGGCUGUAUAUUAGAUGGUAAAA